UCACGUGACCCCGCGCAGCGCGGCGGCGGCUCGGCUCGGUGCGGCGCGUUCGCGGCCUAGCGGCGCCUCGGGGCCUCCCCGCGCGGCCCCCGGCGGCCUCCCCCCGGCGCAUCCCCGGCCCGCGCCCCCCGGACGGGCCGCGGCGGCGCUUCGGACGCGGCUCCCGGCCUGCAGCGAGCGACGAUUACAACUGUAAGAAUGUCUUUUCCACCUCAUUUGAAUCGCCCUCCUAUGGGAAUCCCAACACUUCCCCCUGGGAUUCCACCUCCACAGUUCCCUGGCUUUCCUCCACCUGUGCCCCCUGGGACCCCUAUGAUUCCUGUGCCAAUGGGCAUUAUGGCUCCUGCUCCAACUGUAUUAGUUCCUACCACAGUGUCUAUGGUUGGAAAACAUUUAGGAGCCAGAAAAGAUCACCCGGGCUUAAAGAACAAAGAAAAUGAUGAAAACAGCGGUCCCACUACCACCGUUUUUGUAGGCAACAUUUCUGAGAAGGCCUCAGACAUGCUCAUACGGCAGCUUCUAGCAAAAUGUGGCUUGGUUUUGAGUUGGAAGAGAGUACAAGGGGCAUCCGGAAAACUUCAAGCCUUUGGAUUUUGUGAGUACAAAGAACCAGAAUCCACACUACGGGCACUGAGACUACUCCAUGACCUCCAGAUUGGAGAGAAGAAGCUGCUAGUCAAAGUUGAUGCAAAGACAAAGGCUCAGCUAGACGAAUGGAAAGCGAAGAAAAAGGCCUCUAAUGGGAACUCCAGACCAGAGACCACAAAUGAUGAUGAUGAAGCACUGGAUGAGGAAACGAAGAGAAGAGAUCAGAUAAUUAAAGGGGCCAUUGAAGUCUUAAUACGAGAAUAUUCCAGCGAGCUCAAUGCCCCCUCCCAGGAAUCUGACUCUCACCCCAGGAAGAAGAAAAAGGAAAAGAAGGAGGACAUUUUCCGCAGAUUUCCAGUGGCCCCACUGAUACCUUAUCCACUCAUCACCAAGGAGGAUAUAAAUGCUAUAGAAAUGGAGGAAGACAAAAGAGACCUGAUAUCAAGAGAGAUCAGUAAAUUCAGAGACACACACAAGAAACUGGAGGAGGAAAAAGGCAAAAAGGAGAAAGAAAGACAGGAAAUUGAAAAAGAACGCAGAGAAAGAGAAAGGGAACGAGAGCGUGAACGAGAAAGGAGGGAGCGUGAAAGAGAGAGGGAGCGUGAACGUGAACGUGAGAAGGAGAAGGAACGGGAGCGUGAACGGGAGCGAGAUAGGGAUCGUGACCGAACUAAAGACCGAGACAGAGACCGUGAACGGGACAGAGAUCGGGACAGAGAUCGUGAAAGGAGUUCAGAUCGCAACAAGGAUCGGAGCAGAUCAAGAGAAAAAAGCAGAGACAGGGAAAGAGAACGGGAGCGGGAAAGAGAACGAGAGCGGGAAAGGGAACGUGAGAGAGAACGGGAAAGAGAGCGAGAAAGAGAACGAGAGAAAGAUAAAAAGAGAGACCGAGAAGAAGAUGAAGAAGAUGCCUAUGAACGCCGAAAGCUAGAGAGGAAACUGCGGGAAAAAGAAGCUGCAUAUCAAGAGCGUCUUAAAAACUGGGAAAUUAGAGAAAGGAAGAAAAGUAGAGAAUAUGAAAAAGAGGCUGAAAGAGAAGAAGAAAGGAGGAGGGAAAUGGCAAAAGAAGCCAAACGGUUAAAAGAAUUCUUAGAAGAUUAUGAUGAUGACAGAGAUGAUCCAAAAUACUACAGGGGUAGUGCUCUUCAGAAGAGGCUACGAGACAGGGAGAAAGAGAUGGAAGCAGAUGAACGGGAUAGGAAAAGGGAAAAGGAAGAACUAGAAGAAAUUAGGCAGCGCCUUCUGGCAGAAGGACACCCAGAUCCAGAUGCAGAACUCCAGAGGAUGGAGCAGGAGGCUGAGCGGCGUAGGCAGCCACAAAUCAAACAAGAGCCAGAGUCUGAGGAGGAAGAGGAGGAAAAGGCAGAAAAAGAAGAAAAAAGAGAAGAGCCAGAGGAAGAGGAGGAGGAGCCUGAACAAAAGCCCUGCCUUAAACCAACUUUACGACCAAUCAGUUCUGCCCCAUCUGUUUCUUCUGCUAGUGGAAAUGCAACUCCUAACACACCCGGUGAUGAAUCUCCCUGUGGCAUUAUUAUCCCUCAUGAAAAUUCACCUGAUCAACAACAGCCGGAGGAGCAUCGUCCCAAAAUAGGACUUAGCCUCAAACUGGGUGCCUGCAAUAGUCCUAAUCAGCCCAACGCUGUGAAAAGGAAGAAGCUUGCUGUGGAUAGUGUUUUCAAUAAAUUUGAUGAUGAAGACAGUGAUGAUGUGCCCCGGAAAAGGAAACUUGUCCCCCUGGAUUAUGGAGAUGAAGAUAAAAGCAAUAUUAAAGGCAGUGUCAAUACAGAAGAAAAACGCAAACAUAUUAAGAGUCUUAUUGAGAAGAUUCCCACAGCAAAACCAGAGCUCUUUGCAUAUCCUCUUGACUGGUCAAUUGUGGAUUCAACACUAAUGGAACGUCGAAUUAGACCGUGGAUAAACAAGAAAAUAAUAGAAUAUAUUGGUGAAGAAGAAGCCACGCUAGUUGACUUUGUUUGUUCAAAGGUUAUGGCUCACAGCUCACCACAAAGCAUACUGGAUGAUGUUGCCAUGGUACUAGAUGAAGAAGCUGAAGUUUUCAUAGUCAAAAUGUGGAGGUUGUUGAUAUACGAGACAGAAGCCAAGAAGAUUGGUCUAGUGAAAUAAAGCACUCUCCUUGCUUCUAGGGUUCCAUUUUUCAAUUUUUUUUUCCAUUGUUCAAAGACUUUGAAUUUUCUCUGUUCUCAGAGACUUGAGACCUGUAUUUUUUUAUGUAGAAAAUGUGAAUUUUUUUGUCCUCUGCUUUGAGGCCCCCUUUACCCUUCUCAGUUAGUUAUAUGAAAUCCUGCAUUGGUUCUCUUUAUAAUUCACCAGGUACAAUUACCGGUAUGUUUUAUAAGCUGCAGCUACUGUACACGCUCUCUGGUAAUCUUGUUAUGUUACUUUGAUUCUUGUAAAUAUUAGAGAAAAAAAAAGGCCCA